CCCAGGUAGAAGCUGACCAACGGCACAAGACCGCCUUUUAAGAUUGUUAUUCUUAUUUUAUUUAUAGGACAAAAAACUUCAAGGCUUUGGCACACGAAAACCAUGUUAGAGAGCAGCUGCUGAGCGAGGUGGCACAGCUGAACUGGACCGUGGCCUCAAACUGACCAGCAGGGGGAAGAGGUGAACAUGUUCCAUCGGACCUGAGGGGAACAUCACGAGAUAAUGGGGAAUUCGUACGCAGGGCAGCUGAAGUCGGCCCGCUUCGAGGAGGCGCUGCACAACUCGAUCGAGGCCUCGCUGCGUUCCAGCAGCGCCGCCCCCCGGCCCUUCUUCACUCAGCUCUACCUGGAGCCCCAGCACUGCCCCGGGAGCCCCGAGGAUCAGAAGCCCAGGAUGGAAAUCUCCCUGCAGUACUCUGAGCGGACGGGCCAGGAGCAGGUCACCAGCCAGGCGUCCAACACCAGCACCAAGAGCGAGGAGGACGUGGAGGACGAGGACACCUCGGACACCAGCAGCACCCCCAUCCCUUACCUUCAGGGGCCUGCCCCCGAUGGCUCCUGCACCAUGGACGGGUUCUGCCAGGCCGGUAAGGACCUCCGGCUGGUCUCCAUAGGGACGGAGCAGAUUGAAGUCCCGACUGGGUUCGAGCUGGUUGGCGCCAAGUCGCCCAGCAUCCCCGGGCACAUACUGGUCUGCUCUGUGGACAGGCGAUUUCUGCCCGACGACAAUGGGAAAAAUGCACUUUUAGGAUUUUCAGGUAAUUGUGUCGGCUGCGGGGAGAAGGGGUUCCGUUAUUUCACAGAGUUCUCAAACCACAUCAACCUGAAGCUGGCCACACAGCCCAAGAAGCAGAAGCACUUAAAAUACUACCUGGUGCAGAACUCUGAAGGUGCUCUGUGUAAAGGACCCCUCAUCUGCUGGAAAGACUGUAAAACAAAGCAUCCCCCCAGUGCUGUUUCCUCAUCGAAGGCCAAUUCCUCUCCGUCCCCAAGCAGCAAGGACAAUGGUGUCACUAAUGGCCACAGCUCCUACCCCUACUCCCACUCAGACUCUCCUCCGACCUGGACCCAGUCCACCGCUGCCGGCGGCCCGUGUGGAGGUCAGGACCCCGCCAAAGAGCGCAGCCUCCCCAAGCCCGCAGCCUUGACCCUUCCCCAGGGGACCAAGACCCUGCCAAUAGUUCCCACUGCCGUGCGAGUUAAUGGCCUGAGCAAUGCCUUAACCAAUGGCGGGCGAGUUGGCUUGGCAAGCCCCUCCCUGGCCCCUCCCACCGAGACCCAGCCACCCACUCAAAGCCCAGGAUACCGGACGUCCGAUCCAGGAGAGCUCAACCCUGCCUCGUCCACCAUGAGCUCAGGCCCGCCCAAAAAGCGCCACCGGAGCUGGCACCCCAGCGUCGCCGUGCCCGUCCCAGCCACCGCCGUCCCGGUGCCCGCCGUCAGGCCCGUUUCUAAUCUCUCAGGUCUGAACCGGUCCAUCCGAAACCUCCAGCCCCCCUCCUCCGGAGUGGUGCAGCCCCAGCCCCUCCCCGCGGGGGAGACGGUCAUUGUCCCUGACAACCUGCUAAGCACCUCAGGAGUCCGGCCUGUCAUCCUCAUAGGCUAUGGCACUUUACCUUACUUCUUUGGCAACGUUGGGGACAUUGCGGUGAGCCCCCUGCUGGUGAGCUGCUAUAAGUGCGGGCAGCUGAGCGGGGAGAUGCUGGAGAGCUUGGGCGUGCCGAGCGGGCAGCAGCUGAGCGUGGAGCUCAUGACCCUGCUCACCCUGCAGUACCUGGUGCGCUUAGGUUCAGAUCGCAUCCCGCUGCAGGAGGAGUUUGAGCAGAUCGCGCUGAGCGCCAUGCAGCAAGGCCACGCGGGGGCCGCCCUACCCCCGGCCCAGCUGCCCUGGCUGGCCCGCCUGGCGGCCAGCGUGUCGGGCGACUCGGUGCAGGUCCUGCUGGCCCACAGCUCCCUCGGGGAGGGCAUCUCGGAGGUGCUGCGCUCCCUGAGCGAGGGCCCGCGCCAACCGCGCCAGCCCGACUACGUGGCCGUCAUAUGCGCCUCCCAGGAGCGCGGGAUGGAGUUCUGCGUGCUGGUGCUGGGAAAGUACCAGUCCAGGGCACUGGCGGAGAGCAUGCUCACCACCAACGAGCUCCUGAAGGAGAUCAGCUAUGAGCUCAUCACAGGCAAAGUCAGAGACCUGGCCUCCCACUUCAAAUCCACCUCCUUAGGGGACAACCUGGAAAAGCAGCUGGCCAGGUUCCAGCGGAGGAGGGAGGAGCUGGUGGCCCCGCCCUUCCAGGGCAACGUCAGCGACUGCAUCCACUCGCAGGAGGCGGCUGCCAUGGUUCCCGCUGCGGAGCCGGACCUGAUCAGCGAGGCGUUCCAGAUCUACCCCCCGCAGGUGGGCGUGGCCCACCGCCUCCUCUCUCAGGUCUGCUCCAUGGCCGACUCGGCCAGCCAGAGCCUGGACCUGAGCCGCUUCUGCAAGGUGGACUUCCUCGUCCUGGUCCCGCCCUCCCAGGUGCUGGUGCACCAGACUGCGCAGCGAAUCAGACAGUCAGGAGUCCUUGCCGAUCUCGGAAUUGAGGACGGCUCCUCCGCCCCUCAGAAACUGGAGAAAUACGUUGUCCGACUGGACGGUGACGUCCACCCGAAAAUUGAGGUCUUCCUGAGGAGGGUGAAGCAGAAUCCCAGCACCCUCUAUGUCCUCAUUCAUGACAAUUCGCAUGUAGACCUGACCAGUGCUCUCUCGGGCUCGGUGUGUCACGGCGAGCCGCAGGGUCUGGCCGACCGUGUGGUGAACUGCCAGGAGGUGCUGGACGCGUCCAACCUGCUGGUGCUGCAGGUCAGCUCCUUCCCCUUCACCCUGCAGACCCGGCAGUCCCGCAUCAGCGUCCACAACGAGGUGCACUGGCCCGCCUCGCCCGAUGGCUCAGGGGAGUCCUCGUGCGAGGGCCGGACGUACUUCGGCCUGAGCAACUACAGCCGCUCGCUCCAGUGGGGCGUGGCCAGCCCCAUCCUGCGCUGCGACGACGCCUUCGAGAAGAUGGCCAACGCGCUGCUGGAAAGACACCCCCACCUGCACAGCAUGGUGGUGCGCAGCUACCUGCUCAUCCAGCAGUACACGGAGGCCAUGAUGGCGCUGGUGGCGGCCCCGGCGCUGCGGGACCACGCCACGCCCGAGACUCUGGCCAUCGUGGAGGACCUGCUGGGGGCCCCGGGGCGGGGCCGGAGCGGGCGGGGCCACAUGGUGCUGCUGCGCGUGCCCUCCCUGCAGCUGGCCAUGCUGGCGCGGGAGAGGCUGGAGGAGGUGCGCGACAGGCUGGGCCUGCGCUUCCGAUUCGCCGUGCUCCUGGGGAGCCCCGCCUCCGAGCUCAGCCUGCCCUGCCACUUCAUCGACCGCCUCAAGGCUUGGCGCGGCUGUGAGGCUGAGGACUGGGUUCCGCACACCUAUGAGGAUCUGGAGGGGCUGCCCAGCAUCGUCAUCCUCACGGGGAGAGACCCGCUGGGAGAGACCUUCCCACGGUCCCUGAAGUACUGCGACCUGCGGCUGAUCGACUCCAGCUACCUGACGCGCACGGCGCUGGAGCAGGAGGUGGGGCUGGCCUGCACCUACGUCUCCCGGGGGGCCAAUCAGGAGCCCUGGGGGGCAGGGGAGACGGACGACGGGGAGUCCGCCGGAGCCACAAGCCAGAAUGAGCCCUACGAGCUGUCCAUGGACCUGGAGAGGCCGCCAAGCAACGGCAGCGCCGUCACCGGCACCUCUGGCUCUAUCACAGAGAACGGAGUGAGCUCCUCCAGCAUGCCCUCCACCCAAAAGCGCUCCGCCCCUGAGUCCGUGGAGGACGGACGCACCCACGGAGGGGUGAAGCAGGAGUGUGAUUCCCAGGGCAGCCAGCUGUCCAGCCCCAACUCCUCCGCCCCUCGCUCCACCUACUCCUCCCCUUCCUGUUCAUCCUCCUCCCCUUCCUCCCCCUCUUCCUCCGCCCACCGGUACGGUGGCUCCGCCCCGCCCCCACGCAGCAGCGCCCCUCAGGCCCCGCCCCAGGCCACGCGCAUCACCACGCCCCGCACCGUCGUGCUGUCCCGGGCCGCCUACGGCCUGCUGGCGGGGGAGCGGGGGGGCCAGCUGCACUCCUCUGCCCUGCUCCCCCACGCUGACGUGUCCUGGAGUAGCCCCCUAAGGCCCCUCCUGUGCCAGGAUGUCCCAGGACCAGAACAGUCACUCUACUACCGCAAGUGGACCAACGCCCGGCAGCAUCACGCUGACCACAGCAACCAGGCCCCGCUCCACCCCCGCCGUCUGCUGCUCAGUGGACCCCCCCAGGUGGGGAAGACAGGGGCCUACCUGCAGUUCCUGCGGGUUCUGUUCCACACACUGGUCCGUCUGCAGGAGGUGGACAUUUAUGAUGAAGAUGAGCUGGAAUCAGACCCGACUGAAAGCUCGGAGUCUACGCAGCCCACCAGCAAGAAAUGGCCGGACGUUGAAGAAAUCCGAAAACUGCCCUUUGACCUUUUCCCCAGAGACCCCAAAUUCAGAAGAACCAGCCCUGUUUAUGUAGAAAAUAUGCCAAAGUCCUCACACGGUUAGUCUCACCCCCAAAUCAAGCAGGAGGUGCCUGCUAAGCGUAGCACAGUCUCAGUCAAGCUGACAAGAUUUGCUGCCCACAAUGCAUUUCACCACUGUGAACAGUGCCGCUGCUACAGAGAGGCCAGUCCCGCGGCCCAGCUGUCGGACUGCUCCCUCCACUCCUUCACCUUCAGCUCCUCCAUGCUGGGGGAGGAGGUCCAGCUGCACUUCCUCAUCCCCAAGUCCAAGGAGCAGCACUUCAUCUUCAGCCAGCAGGGACGCCACCUGGAGAGCAUGCGCCUGCCCCUCGUCUCCGACAAGGGUCCGGAUCUGUUGAAGAGCCCCAUCUUCACCCCCACUAGGGGGCGCCAGGAACACGGCCUGCUCAACCUCUUCCACGCCAUGGAGGGAGCGGCCCACUUGCACAUCCUGGUGGUCAAGGAGUGCGAGAUGGCCCUUUACAGAAAGUACUGGCCCAACCACAUCCUGCUGGUUCUGCCUGCCAUGUUCAACAGCACCGGAGUGGGAGCUGCUCGCUUCAUGAUCAAGGAGCUGUCCUACCAUAACCUGGAGCUGGAGCGCAGCCGGCAGGAGGAGCAGGGCCACAGGAGGCAGGAGGUGUGGCCCUUCAUCGUCAUGAUGGACGACUCCUGCGUGCUGUGGAACGCCCAGGACGGGACCCCCGGCUACGCUAACGUCUCCCUGAAGUCCGUGCUGCAGCACAUGGAGGCCACGCCCAAGAUCACCCUGUACGCCCUCUGCGGGGUGCGCAAGUGGAGCAGCCGCCUGGCCGGCCGCCGCCCGGGCGCCCCCUUCUCCCGGUGCCACCUGCAUGACUUCGUGAUGCUGAACGUGGAUCUGACGCAGAACGUGCUGUACGACCUCAACCGGUACAGCUGUGAGGAGGUGGACUUUAACCUGCGGGCCCACAGCAGCGGCCUGCUCCUCUGCCGCUUCAACCGAUUUGCCCUGAUGAAGAAGCACAUCCCAUCUGGAGGCUACAGGGACUUCACCAUCAUGCCCAAGAUCCUGGUGUCGGAGAACGCGGCCCCCGUCAGCCCCUCCCAGUACGUGUGCGCCCCGGACAGCGAGCACAUGCUGCUGGCCGCCCCGCCCCACUUCCUGCUGGAGAGGUUCCUGCAGCACAGCAGCCACAGGCUCUUCCCCAAGGCCGUGCGUAACCGCGGCAACCCCGUCCUGACCAUCGACAGCUACCUCAACAUGGGCCCUGAGGUGACGGUGUGCUACGUGAGCUCCCGGCCGCACUCCGUCAACGUGGACCACCGCAGCCUGGUGUUCAGCGGCCUCCUGCUCUACCUGUGCGACUCCUUCGUGGUGUCGGACCUGCUCAAGAAGUUCAGGUUCUUCAAAGGUGCCACCCUGUGCGUGAUCUGCCAGGACCGCAGCUCCCUGCGGCAGACCAUCGUUCGCCUGGAGCUGGAGGACGAGUGGCAGUUCCGCCUGCGGGACGAGUUCCAGACGGCCAACUGCAGCGAGGACCGGCCCCUCUACUUCCUGACUGGCCGCCACAUCUGACCCCGCCUCCCCCCUCCCCUCAGAC